CCUGCGCCUGGCGGAACCGCCGCUUAAAGGCGGGCGGGUGGAAGCGGGCUGGGCUGUGGAGAUGGCGGUGACGGGACGGCAGACGGACUUGGAUAACGGCUCCUUGGAAAUAACACAGAGUUUAGAAGAUGAAGCUCUGUUGGAUGCACCGCUUACUUCGUCUCAUAUGCUGUAUUCUCAACUAAGGCCCAGAUUUCAUGCUAUCCCAGUGGUUCUCCUUGCCAACUUUCUGUUGCUAUUGCAUGUUGCUUUCGUUGUUCUAGCGUUUUUAGCAGCUAUGUUUUGUUCUUACCCCAAUCCAAACCAGGAUAAAUGCCCUGGGAACUAUACUCACCCAUUUAAAGUACAGACUGUCAUAAUAAUUGCCAAGGUAAUUCUGUGGAUUCUGCACGUGUGUUUUGAACGUUACGUCCACCACCACCACAGCAGGAUCAGGAGCAGGGGCUACUUCUUAAUAUAUCGAUCGACAAGGCAUCUCAAGAGGCUUCCGUUGGUGAUACAUUCUACAGGUAAUGCAGCCCUGCUUUUGAUUUUGUCAACCCAGCAUUCCUUUCCUGAUCACAGUAAAGUGUACCUGUAUCUUAUCCUGGGAGUCCUGGGCCUGGAGCUGAUCAGUUCACUGACAUGUCUAGUGAUUUACACAGUGAAAGUAAGCAACUUCAAUCGUGCGAAGCCAAGACCUGACAUAAUUGAAGAAGAAAAGAUGUAUGCUUACCCUAGUCACAUUACCUCAGAAGUUGGAUUUGGGGAAAAUUCAAGUUUAGAAGAGAUCGUUGAGAAGCAAGGAGAUGUAAUAGAAUAUCUUCAGCGACACAAUGCACUGCUCAGCAAGAGACUGUUGGCAUUAACAUCUCAGCAAACCAAAACUUAAAUGCUUGGAGAACUGCUGCUGGAGCUCAGGAGAGAAUACGAGGCAAUACAAUAUCCAAACAGACCUGUAGAGAUGACUCUUCAAUCUUCUUUCCCAUUUAAAAAUAGAGCUUAAAUUGCAAGUAUGAGCUCUGCGUACACUGUAAACCUGUGACAACUGGACUUAAUGGCUUUUUUCACAUCAGUUCUGAGAAAACGUUCAGGAACAUAAAGGAUUUUGAAUUCCUAAGAGGUUACAAUUGGAGUUAAGGGACUGGUUUAACGUCUUUCAGUCGUUGCUGUUAUUUUGCACUGGUGUAUUUUUUUUUUUUUGAGCUUUAAGUUACUGAAGUACUUUCUAGAAUGCACAUUUGUUCUCAGAUAAAACCUAAUUUUGCAGAGGAUUCCUCUCAGCGUACAGUACUGAAGCUGGGAUAUCUUGAAUGUGGGUGUUCAAUCACUGCACUUCAGUAUGUCCAGUGUUUAAGGUGUUAUGCUUCAAUAAUCCUGUACAAAGUAGAUACUUGCUUUCUAGAUUUGUUUUCUCCUUUGCCCAGUAAAGGACUGAAGUUGUUUCCUAUGCCAGCAGGAAUAUUUAGCAUCCAGUUGAAAUAAUAACAAGGGCAGAAGGGAAGGGUGGUAUCCUAAAAUGUACUGGUACUGCAUGUGAGAUUUGACAAGUUAUGAUCAGCAAUUUGAGGAGCUGAUCAGAAUGCUGGCUGUGGAUAACAAAAAGGUGUCUUCAGGUCUGCUGAUUCUCCUGCUAUUGGAAUUGUGUGUCAGCAAAGACUAAACAGGAUUUCUUCUGCCUGCCAAACUGACACACAAAUGGUAAGUGCUGUCAUUGACCCUGUAACCCAUUAGUGUUCAAUGGGGUUUAAAGUUAGAUCCUGUUAGAGCCACUAUCAGAGUUGCUCUGUGCUUUGACUCUUCAAAAAUGUUGCUGUCUAAAUUUAAAAGCCAAAAUGAAUGUGUGUGGUGGAUAUCAGCAGGGGACUGAAUGGCCUUCUGGAAGUGGAAAAACAAGAGUUAUCAGUUCUAAUAGAAUAAAUUCAUUGGGAAGGGUGGUAAAAAUCAUGCUUUUCAAAUGCUUUGUCUACCACUGUAGUCAAAGCAUUAUUUUAGAAGCAAAUGUCUGUGGGAAGACAGAAUAAUUACUGGUCAAAACUGGGAGGAAGAUCCUCAUAAGGAGUGGUCUUGUGGCUGAAUAUGGGGAAAGAAACACAAAUAUUCUAUUUUUUUUACUGGAACACAACUUCAAAAAUAACUAAACUGUCUACUGUAAUAACAAAGAUGAAGAUUGUCUUUUAUUAUAAGAAAAAAGUUGAUAUUUUGCUGCUAUUUAACACUAAACUGUACCCCUUAACUGUUUUUUGGAAAUAAAGCCACGUUUUUAUAGUGAACAUAGAAAGGAUAUAAAUGUUUGUUUUUAGAACUCAGGUCUGAAUGUAUUGUGUAUAAUGACUUAGAUAACUGCUAUGGAAAGCAGUAAACUGUGACUGAAGUUCAUGUACAAUAAUUACAACUAAGGGAAAGUGA